CCGGUCCAUAUAAGCCAAGCUAAGGUCGCGUCCAAUGCCAGUUGUACCUCGCUGAGCGCAAGCAUAAGUUGUUUGCCGAUUUUAGUAAUUAACUUUUGUAACUAAAUUAUUUUUAUAUAUUUCCAUUUACCCGCCUAAAAUGGCGUCAGCCGUGAUCAAGUUCAGUGCCAUAUUUAUGUUAAUAUGCGUGUGCCUCGCUGAUGUGUCGGAACUCCCCGGCGUCAAAAACUUAGGCGCCGCUCCAGUCACAGAAGUCUGCUUAGGAUGCAUCUGCCAGGCAGUGUCAGGAUGCAAGCAGGGACUGCAGUGUGAAGGCGACCACUGCGGCUUGUUCCACAUCACAUGGGCUUACUGGGCGGACGCCGGGAAGCCAACACUCCAUGGCCUUAGCCCUGAUGACCCACAAGCGUAUCCGACUUGCACCAAUGACCCGUACUGUGCAGCUCAGACCGUCCAGGGCUACAUGGCUAAAUAUGGACAGGACUGCAAUGGUGACGGUCAAAUCAACUGCUACGAUUACAUGGCCAUCCACAAGAAGGGUGGUUACGGGUGCAAGGGUGACCUGCCCUUCGCCUACGUGAACGUUUUCAACCAAUGUGUGGCCGCCGUGGCUGCUCAACAGGGCUAACUACGCUCUACAACUUGCUUCAUUCAUAUUUAUAAAAAUAUAAUAAGCGAACAAU